UAUAAGUUUUAAAAAAUUAUAAUUAUGUUAUUUCCUGAAUGGACAGUGAUCGCGAGGACAUCUUUAUAGCGUCUAUGAAUUAUUGUACUCAUCAUGGCUUCAACGGAGUCUUUGGUAUGCGAUACGCUCGAUUUAAGCGGUCAAGGUCUUAAGAAACUUGCUCGAUGCCCAUCUGAUGCUGAAAUCAGUACAUUAAUCUUAGAUGACAAUGAGCUUCAACGUCUUGAUAAUCUUGAUUCAUAUCACAGAAUUAAUAAGCUUUCAAUAGUAAGGAACCAAUUACUGCGAAUGUAUGGUGUAUCAAAAUUACAUAAUCUUGUAACCCUUAAUUUAGCUAAUAAUGGUAUAUUAACAAUAGAGGGAAUAAAAGAUAUGAUAAAUUUACAAACACUGUGUUUAGCAGGUAAUAAUAUAAAGUCCAUUGAACAUUUACAUUCAAAUACGAAGUUGGAACAUUUAGAUUUAUCUGAAAAUAGUAUCAGCCACAUUUCUGAUAUUUCGUAUUUACGUAAUCUUAAGGAACUUUUCUUGCAUAAUAAUCGCAUAAUCACAUUACGACAGUGUGAACGCUACUUACCCACCUCAUUAGAAACAUUUACAUUAGCAAAUAACAGCAUUACUGAUUUGAAUGAAAUGUCUCAUUUAGCUAUUAAAAAUUUAAUCAACUUUUCAAUUGCUAACAAUCCAUGUGUUAGUAUAACAGGUAAUAGUAUUGGAUUUGAUUAUCAUCCAUUUGUUAUCAAUUGGUGUAUGAGUCUCAAGUCAAUUGAUGGUUAUGCAGUGGAUCCUAUAGAAAGUUUGAAAGCAGAAUGGCUAUAUUCUCAAGGAAGAGGCAGACAAUUUCGUGUCGGUGAGCAUGCGCUUCUUGCUCAAUAUUUAGCAUCUGUCUGUCCCCUUUCAGGGGAAUCUUUAGAGAAUGAAACUGACAGAAAACUUAGGCUAAUUUUGAGUAAAGCACAACAUCACCAGCAGCAACUCAAUCAGCAAAGUGACACAGGAAGUGUACAUAGCUUAAGUAGCGUCGGAGUAACUCCUUCUCCUGCUGCUAGACGUAGACUUAACCAUAACAGGACAAGUUCUCCAAGAAGGCCUAAUUCAUCAAGAAACUCUAUAAGAAUGAGAUCACCAGAUAGAAUGGUUUCCAGUUGCCAUACAGAUGCUAUGGUUUCUUCCUGUCAUACUUUAUUUAAUAAUGAUCAUGAACCAUUGAUGACACAAAGUUUAGAUCCAAAUAUGCUUUGUAAUACUUUGAAUAAUAAAACAGUAAAUAAUUCUGGAUUAGAAGAUAUGGAAGAAACAUCAAGUCCUCUACAAGCUGCUACAAAACUAGUGCCAGUUCCAGAAUCUUUAAUGAGUCCAGAUUUUCGGCCGCCCUCUGGAUUAUCAAAAGUUUUACCUAAAACUCCACCAAGUAAAUUAAAUUCACCAUGCCAAGUAACUAUUCCUGCAAAAGCUUCCACAGAUGGUGAUGCAAAAGCAAUUCCUAUAAUAAAUACAGUAAAUCCUAUGGCAAAAACGAAUCUUGGUGCUUUGAAAGCAAAUGCACUUGUAAAGAGUAAUUCUGCAACAAAUUGCUCUAUUGGAAAACCAAACAUAGCCAAACCUAUUAUUACAAAUACUAAUGGAAAAUGUCCUCACAGUGUGAAAAUUAAUAAUUAUGUACAGAGCAAAACAUUACCUGCAAAACGUAGCACCAAAAGUUCACCCUAUCUAGGAAGAAAUAUACAAAGACCUAAAAGUGCAUGUGACAGAAAUAAAUCUAGCUUAAUAAAAAGGGGAAAAGAUGGAGAUGGAGAUAACAUAGCACUUAGCAGUGACGAAGAUAGCGAAGUAUGCCAAGCAAAACUGGAUAGCAUUAGAAGUAGAGCAAUUCAAAGACGACAAGAAGAUAGUAAUAAAGAUCAAGAUCGUACAGAGAAAGCAGCAAUUUGUAUUCAAAGAAUGUGGAGAGGUUAUCAUACUAGAAAUCUUAAUAAAAAAGCAACUACUAUACUAAAAACUAUUGAAAUGAUAAGAACAAAUAAAUAUAUUCAAAAAUUAUCUACUGAUAUGGAAGCAACAAGAACUGCAUUGGAAAGUGAACAUAAACUACAAUUGCUACAAAUGCAAGCUAUUAAUGCAUUAUGGAAAAAGGUUGUCAGCUUACAGCCCGGAGGUAGUCGUGAAAAUGCGAGUAAUGAAAGUGAAACUACUAUACAACCAAAUGCAGAUGUUGUAACAAAUCUAACACAAACAUGUAAUUUAUUACAUACUCAGGUACAACAAUUACAAGAUUCAAUGUCGGAAAUAAGACGGUGUAUGUCAAGUAUGCAACCAAAAUCAAUGCUUGUUGAUAAUGGAGUUGCAACUCAAACAGAAAUUUCAGCUGUUCAUACACCUGCUGGUGAAGAAAAUACAUUUCCUUAUGCUAGACCUAACAGACCUCAAUCUUUGGCAAUACAUCAAACAAUACACGAGGGGAAUGAAAAUAAAAGCUUUGCAUCUAAUUUAGUAGAUAGUGUUCUUAAAAAAGUAUCACAAUCGACCGAUACAACUGAUGAUGAAGUAAACACAGAUAUUUUAAAUUCUAAUGAAAAUCAAGAACUUCUUAAUUCCAAUGAACAUCCAGAUAUGUUCAAGAGCUGUGAAGAAAUCGUAGAGCCAGAAUUUAAAGAUGUGGUAGAUAGUAAAAUAACAAAUGAAUAUGAAGGAAUAAUUGAUAAUACUGAGAUCAGUGGUGAGGUCUGUGAAGAAACACUGUGCAAGGAAUUACAUAAUCUUAUUGAAACUGAAAAUUCUGCAGAUAUGGAGAAACAAAAUAAUACCAACGAAUUUCAAAAAGAAGCAUUAAAUGCUGAUUAAAUGUGGUGAAUCCUAUAGAAUAUUCUACAAUUGUAUGUCUCAAUAAUAAGCUACAAAAAGUGAAAUUAAUUUUUUGAAAAUAUUGCUCUGUGUGCAGAAUGAUUGAUAAAUAUGAAAACAAAAUUGAAUAUUGUAAAUAAUUGAGAUGAAAAGCUCCUAAUCAUAGCCAUAAUGACAUAAGAUAUGUGUAGUAGUAAAUCGAUGUAUGUUCAGUAGCAGCGCUUUUUUUACCAUUUUUAAAAAAUGAAGGAAUAUCGAUCAGGAAUUAAAAAGCUGCCACACGUCCUUUUCAAUGAUAUUAUGACAUGGUUAAAGGAAAACUAAAAAUAUAUACUUAUAAGCAAUUAUCAUUGAUCUGCAAGUUUAAUUGCACUUAUAAAGCAAUUAUGGAAGUUUUCCGUCCAUGUAUUUAAGUACAGGACAUUUUAUUAAUGUACAAAAUAAGCAUUCCUAGCACUCAGUAUUAAGGACCUCUUUUCUUUUAAAAAAAAUGUUAUAAAAAAUCUGAUUGUGUGUACAGGAAGAGCAAUUCUGCACAUUUGACAUAUUGAUGGCUAAUGCCUUUUGUCAAUUUUCAGAAAUAAGUAGCUAUUGUGUAUAUGAAGAUAGAAUUUUAUUCAUAUAAACAUUUUUCAAGUUAAAAAAUUAGAUUUAACAAAUUUAUAAUUACUACUUAUUAAUUAUUUAUAUUUAUUUAAUAUUAUUGAUUCCAAUGAUGACAAGUUAGUAUUAUUAUCAUGAAUGAAAUGAAUGGAUUGUCAGUUAGAUAGAGACAUAAGACUUUUUUCUCUAGUCAAUAGAAUAUAUAGUUCACAUAUUUAAGCAUAUUACUUAUUAAUUAAUUAUAGAAUUGUUAUGUAGGUAUGCAUGUUAUAUUGAAAAUUAACAAUCGAUAUUAUAUCAAGCAAUAGAAUUAUAUUUUGAUUUUAAUAAUCUAGCAUUAAUACAUUUUUGCAUAUCUGUACACUUUUAACAUGAUGAUUGUAAGCACAUAAAUAUAACAAGCAAGCACUGCUUUAAAGAAAUAUAUACUCAGAAAGAGUGUAUAUAAAAAUUAGUUUUAAUACUUCACGAAUCUCAUUUUUAUAUAUUUUGAGGAGUUUCUUUAAUGUGACCAUUUAUAAUUUACUGUAUUGUAUUAAUUCAAUAUGAUAUAAAACAUUAAUUCACAAUAUGUUAUUAAUAAAUAAAAAAAAGAAUGUA